CCAAGCGACGAAAAACUACAACGUUUUUUUCGCAUGUGUUGUGUGUGUCUGUGUGUGUGGCAUGUUCAUUUUUUACUCUAUUUUCACAUCUAAUCGAAAAAAAUUUUCAUUUGUAAAAAAAUCCACGUUGAUUAUCCUGAUCAAUCAGAUUGCGAAAUAAUUCGUGAGACAUUUUCUUUUAAAUUUUUGGAACUGAAAACAAAAAUCACUCAUCAUCAACAUGGCACCACCAAGAAGUAAAACUAGCCAUAAAGGUAAACGACGUCAUUUUUCAUCACCUGAAGAAAUACAACAACAAAUGAGCCGAUUAAAUAUGAAAGAUAAUGAUGAUGAUGAUGAUGAUAUUAAAGAAGAAGAUGAAGACACUGAUGGAUCAUCACAUUCCAGUGAUGAUGAUUCUUCUGAUGAACAAAAAAUUAGCAAACCAAAAGGCGUUUCUGGUCUGAUUGAAAUUGAAAAUCCAAAUCGUAAUCCAAGUCGUGCUCCUACGACAGAUCAAGUACAAUUAACACGUCGUGAACGUGAAGAGAUUGAAAAACAGCAAGCAAAAGAAAAAUAUCAAAAAUUACAUGCUGAAGGUAAAACUGAUCAAGCAAAAGCAGAUCUGGCACGUUUAGAAUUGAUACGUAAACAACGUGAAGAAGCAAAUCAAAAACGUGAAAUGGAACGAAUGAUAAAACAAAAACAAUCAGGUAAAGCAACAAAUAAUUCUUCUACUUCUACUGCUGCUGCUACAUCAUUAUUACCGACAUCUGGACAACAGCGAUUAACCUCGGCACAAAAACAAUCGCAAGUUCGUGCAAAAAAAUCUCAACAGCAACAGACUAAAUGAUGAUAAGACCAAAAAUUCAUUUUUGUUUAGGGCUUUUUUUUGUGUAAAACAAAACAAAAUUUUUCAGCAUGAAAAAAAUUUUAUUCAAAAAAUCUCUUUUUUUGUAACAAAAAAACAAAUCACACAGUGUGUGUGAAGAGGAAGAUAUAGAAAAAUUUACAUUUAACAAAUAAAACAGAAAAACAAAGUAUACAUAUUUGAAAUUAAAAAUUUUUUUU